CUGUUUUUCCAAAGGAUCUGUCUCAGGAAUUUAAAGCACAUUUAAGACACACACUCACAUAACAUAAGGAAGGGGGGGAAAGUCUCUUCCCCUCCCCUUCUUGCAGAAAGCAUGGAAGAAAGCUCCAGUUCUCCUGUUUCCCCUGUGGAUAGCUUGGGGACCAGUGAAGAGGAGCUGGAAAGGCAGCCAAAGCGAUUUGGCAGGAAGAGAAGAUACAGUAAGAAGUCCAGCGAAGAUGGCAGCCCCAACCCAGGGAAGAGGGGGAAAAAAUCCAGUCCCAGCUCCCAGUCUUAUGAAGAACUGCAGAGCCAGAGGAUCCUGGCCAACGUCAGAGAGAGGCAGAGGACUCAGUCGCUCAACGAAGCUUUUGCCGCCUUGAGGAAAAUCAUCCCCACUUUGCCCUCGGACAAACUCAGUAAAAUCCAGACCCUCAAGCUGGCAGCAAGGUACAUAGACUUCCUCUACCAGGUGCUACAGAGCGACGAGAUGGACAGUAAGAUGACGAGCUGCAGUUACGUGGCUCACGAGAGGCUGAGUUAUGCCUUCUCCGUAUGGAGGAUGGAGGGAGCCUGGUCCAUGUCAGCCUCCCACUAGCCACCGCCCGGGCCAGACCAGCUGC